AUGGCUCAGAGCAGAAACACCGUGGUCGCGCUGUGCCUCGUCGCCCUGCUGGUGUUUGCGGCGGCGUCGUUGCCGGCUGCAACCGCCUUCGGCUGCUACGACGACUGCUACGAGCGCUGCGCCAACGGCAAGCAGGACCCCGCCUGCGUGAAGAUGUGCAACGAGGCAUGCGGCGCCGAUGCGGCAGCCAAGGCCGCUAAGGGUGCCAGCGCCGCCAAGGCGCCCGCUGCCGGCGCCUCUGCGUGA